GCGCGGGUGUAACGGGGGACUGAGCGCUAACGGGCCUGUAUAUGAAGCCGCACAAACGCAGGACGGCCGAAUGUGUAGUUUAGUUUGUGUCCUGAUUCUCACGUAGCCCGUUAUCUGUAGGCGCCCAGGUGGUGCCACCCUUUAUUAUCGCUUAUCUGGCUGCGGACCUCUGCGUCCCAAACUGCGGCCAGGAGUUUCCUCUUAUGGGAGGCACUGCUGAAUCGAUCAUGUUUAUUCUGAAUGUCACGGAUGGAAAAGCAAUAUAACUUGUAUGUUUCGUUUCCAAAUUCUUUCCCUAGCCGAGACUUUAUCUACAGUCUGCUUAUGAUAAAACCCUGCUCUGUUUCAUUCUAGGUAAAUUGUUUGGAAUACUUAUUUGGCUUAUGACUUUCGAAAAAGGGUUUUUAUAUACAUUGCGGGUGACAGAGGGCGGGGGAAGAAAAACUAAAUCCGUAUUACGUUUCGAGACUUCGUUUAAUGUGUAGAUGUCAGUUUGUUCUUUGGUUAUAUGUUGGUAUGUCUUUCAGUUCGUAAUCUGGCCUCUUAAGUUUUGUCUAUCUUGCUUUUGUGGGGAGGACAUCAGUCUUCUGCUUUGUCAGUGAACAGGAUUUACGAUCAUUAAUUUUAAAAUCAUGUUGUGAUACUUUAGCUUACUUCACAGCUGGUGACCAUGACACCGCAUGCGUCAUACUGGCACAGAGAUUCCUUCCUGACAACAUUUUUAUGCACCUUUUCAAUAUCGGCACUCAGACUUUACUGCACAAAUGUUCCUCCUUGUUUUAUUUCACCCUUAUUUAGAUCACUGUGCUUUCCAUGAAUAGAAGGAAAGUACAUCCAGCGCAGCCAUUUUUAAAGUGUGCACUGGUACCUUCUGUUGUGAUCACAACAAACUUCACUAAAAGUGAGCACAUUUCAGUGUAAUCUUAAUCACUUUCAGUCUGCUUGCUGCUGUGUAUUAUCACUACGCAACACAACAACAGUACCUGUCAACUAUUAACCAGACCCGAGUCUUAGACCUCUUUGGACCAGCUGCAUAGAAAUGGUUGCUGACAUAUUUCUGUUUGAUGGUUCCUUUGCCAUCUCCUGUUGUGGGAAGUGGCCUUUGGUGUAAUUUUUUGUGUGAAAUAUCCCUGUCGUGUCAGUUUUUAACAUGGGAGCUUAGACUUUUUGAGUUGGUGGAACGUCACUGCGAUGGCUUCUCAUCUCCUUGUUCAGAGAAACUGCAGAUUGAUGAUAGGUUUCUUUUUCUUGAUACUUUUCUGUGCAGUUGGAGUCGUAACCGUGUGAGUAAUGUCUCGUUAUUAGGAGAAUGGAGGCUCGACUCGACACCGCUGCUCCGAGAUAAUCUGGCCCUGCCUCAGGCAAGCGGACAGUUACUGCUGAGGUUUAUUUUUGACUCUUGGCUUUAAAUGGGACUGAUGGAAUCAGGAUUGCUGCUGAAGCACUUGGUAGUAUUGCAAAUAUAGACAUUGGCUGGGUAGUUGCAGAUACAGUGGCUGCUUGCGACUGAACAGUGAUGGUUUCAAUUAAUCUGACAUGAAGUGUAUGGGCCCUUACUGGGCAGGAUGCAUGUGCCAGGCCGCAAUGAGCCCCUGAAGAAGGACAAGCCCAAGUGGAAGAGCGACUACCCCAUGACGGAGGGCCAACUGCGCAGCAAGCGUGACGAGUUCUGGGAUACAGCGCCGGCCUUCGAGGGCCGCAAGGAGAUCUGGGACGCGCUGAAGGCUGCAGCAGUGGCCAUAGAGUGCAACGACCACGAGCUCGCCCAGGCCAUCGUGGACGGGGCCAGCAUCACUCUGCCCCACGGCUCUCUGACGGAGUGUUAUGACGAGUUGGGCAACCGAUACCAGCUGCCAGUCUACUGCCUGGCCCCGCCCGUCAACCUGGUGUCGGAGCGCAGCGAGGAGGACGUGUCGGAGAACCCCGAGCCGCAGACCGCACCCAAGAAGGAGUUCCAGCUGAAGGUACGCCUCUCCACCGGCCGGGACCUGCGGCUCAGCGCCAGCAUGACGGACUCCAUCGGGCAGCUCAAGAAGCAGCUGCAAGUCCAGGAGGACAUCGACGCUGCCCACCAGCGUUGGUUCUUCUCGGGGAAGCUCCUGACUGACAAGACGCGGCUGCAGGAUACCAAGAUCCAGAAGGAUUUCGUCAUCCAGGUCAUCGUUAACCAGCCCACCAUUCCUAACUAAGGCCCGGGACUCCCUCUGCGAUCAUCUCACCUAACAUCUGAGCUAUUAAACUGAGAAGAUCUUGGUCGGUGGUCCUCUCUCAUACCCA